AUGUCCGCCGAGACCGACGAAGCGGUGGAAGUCACCGUUGAAGGGAGCGACACGGAACCGGUGGUGGAGGAGGAGGCUGUGGCCGGAGACGCGACAGAGGAGCAGCAGCGGCGAGAGACCCAGGUGCUGGAGAGGGCAAUCAGAGCUACUGACGUUGCUGCAGUCGAAGAAGGGGACUUUGUAACCCCUGCUGCUGUUCAAAUUCGGACCGUCCCUGUUGUUCCCUCAAUCGACAGAAUAGGGGAUGAAUCACUUGAUAGCCAUACUUCCUCGACGCGAACGAGACCAGGUUUGGAAGAUUACGCUGCUGAUUAUGAUCUUGGUUUAUUUUGGGACUUUCUACAAGAAUCAAAUUGGAAGUUCAGAAAGAAGAAAAUGGUGGAAGAGGGUCUCCAACGCGAAGAAAGGAGGAACCGCGAGAGACCAUUGAUCUCGAAGGUCUUUGGAGAAGAGAAUUCGCCGCUACUGUGGGUGAAGUUGGACGAGGGACGGACAGAUCUCAGCGCCAGCCACCGACAAUGCGGAGAGGAGACGACUGCAAACUGUCGGGCUAGUUCGUCGGCAUCGCAAACCGCCGCAGCACUGACGCACUCACUAGCGGCUCGAGUCGUGGCAAUGACGGCCGAUGAGAAGAAACAGGAGGGCGGCGACGAUUUCCCUUCCUCCUUCCGGACAUCGAGCGACGAGGUGGCGGAGAUAAGAGGUGGUGGGUCGGAUUGCCCCCCUAGCCGCCUGACGACCUUGUCGCGGGAGAAGGAGGCGAAGCGGGCACCUUCGGGAAGGGAAGCGUCGAGGAAAGAGCCGAGGACCACCGACGCGGAGGCGGAGUCGGAGAAGCGACCUGCAGCGCGCGAAUCUCCGUGUCGGCUGGGUAGGUCUCGCCGUCGGCGAGUGGCUUGUGUGCCGCUGGGGAGGGAAACGACGAGGGAGGGUGGCUGUUACCUCUCCCCUGCAACCCUAGUUCGCCUCACUCAGAAGCAACAAGUCGGGCGGGCCGUGCUCCAGUUCGUGGGCCGCUCUGUUCGGAUCUACGGGUUUGAUGGGCCGGCUAGAAGGGUUCUCAGUCACGGACUGGAUUUAACACUGGGAAUGAUGCUAAUAAGACCCUGCCCUCUCUUCAACGAUGAGGAAACAGAAGCUGAAAUAGCCCUGACAAGCGAGAAAUUUGGAUUGGUUCCUCGAGUUUACGUCGUCUGUGAAGCAGACGAAAUUUACAAGCCGGAUCUGCAGAGGUGGAUGAUCGAGAACAACCCAACUGACGAUGUCAAGCCCAUAUCUUCAGCUGAUCACAUGGCUAUGUUCUCAAAACCACAUGAGCUCUGCACUUACCUUUUGGAGCUUGCCAGCAAGUAUACUUGA